ACACACAUGUGAUGACGUCACGCUUUCAAAUGCGGCUCAAAGUGUCGCAUCCGGUUGAAAAAAAUAGUAUUAACCUUAAGAUAAAGCGUUAAGUUUCUAUGAUCUCGAUCUGUCUGCGUCCUCACUGACCUCAGGAUCACACCUCGGAUAUGUCUUACUCGGGGUUCGUGUUUUUCACAGCAUUAGAAUUCUCACAGACGGAUGUCAACAAAGUCGCUGGUUGAGACUCAAAUCCCGGGGCCGCUGUUAAUCUUUUUAUCGAGCCUGUUUUGGGACGUGUGUUGUCCCUCUCAUCUUCUGUGAGAUGGGCAGUCAUUUCCGCAGCUACAUCUGGGAUCCAAUCCUCAUUAUCUCCCAGAUUAUUCUCAUGCAGUGCAUCUUCUACAGCUUCUUGGGUCUGUGGUUGGCUGGUGUUGAUGGUUUGGUCCAUACCAGUAAAUCACUCGACCAGAUAUUCAGUUAUGAGGUUCUUGGCUUUUCAACAACACAAGGUCGCUUGUCUAUGAUGGCGUUCACUCUGAAUUCUCUCACAUGCGCUAUUGGCCUGUGGUUUUUCAUCCGACGGGGAAAGCAGUGUCUGGACUUCACCGUGACGGUGCAUUUCUUUCACGUGAUCGGCUGCUGGAUCUACAACGCCCAUCUCACAGCCGCCCUGUCAUGGUGGUUGGUUAACGUGGCCUGCAUGGCCCUCAUGGCGGUCAUUGGAGAGUACUUGUGCAUGCAGACAGAGCUCAGAGCCAUUCCUGUCAACACGACAUCCAAAUCCAGCCUAUGAGGACUGUUUAGAAACAGAUGUGCCACAGCUGGUGUGUACGAGGUUGCACAUCAGCAGGACUGGCAUGUUGACCGAAGCUGCUGUGGUCUUCUGAGAGAUUGGGCAGAAGUGACUUGGAUGUUCUGUGAUGUUUUGCUCACGUCACCGUAUGUAAUGGUGGUGGAUGGUGUUGAGAUUGUCCACAUGAGUUUCAUGCUGCAUCACAUGAUAAUCCUGCGACUUCCCUCAAUCAGCAUUAUGAUGGCAUUCGCAUCAUUUCAAAAUUACCAUUGUAAUUUUUCUUAUUUAGGACCAACAUUUUAUCAUUCAUGGAUGGCUACUGAAAAUAUGUAAGUGAUGGUCUGUUUUAAAAGCACAGAAAGCAUCAUGUGUAAAUUUGAAUCUAAAUAAAAUGCUAUUUAUUUCUGAAAA